GAUUGGUCAAUUUCAGCAAAAGGUCAUAGACCAAAAUGGCGGCCUUCAUGCUUGCAAAAAGUCGUCUGAUUCUCACAAAUUUCAGAGUUUUAACGUGCCAAAGAAAGUUUUGUACAAGUGACAAAGGACCAGGGGAAUUUUUAGACGAUGCGGGAGAAAAAUUGAGAGGAGAAAGCCCACCAGAGACAGCUAAAACGGAAGAAACGCCGGUGAAAAGGUCAGGAUUUGCGAAGGCCUUUGAAAAGCAUGAAGACUGGGAACACAUAGAGGAAAAGCUCUCUGCACCUUCAGAAUUAGACCAGGAUACAAGCACAGAGAAGAAGGAUCCUCCCAAGCUGUCUGGAUUUGCUGCAGCUUUUGAAAAACAUACAACUUUAAAGGACUCAACUUCGGACUCUCCGAUUCCAGAUGAGAGUUUUGCGUCCAUGUUGCGGAGAUCCCCGCUGGUGCAGCUGGGCGAUGUGAAGGACAGGAUCGUGCUGGGGAGGGUCUUCCAUGUGGUGGAGAGGGACCUGUAUAUCGACUUUGGGGGCAAGUUCUACUGUGUAUGUCCCAAACCUGGCAAGGAACCUGAGAAAUACCACAGAGGAGUGAAGGUACGGUUGCGACUGAAAGACCUGGAGCUCUCCACGCGGUUUAUCGGAGGCACCAAGAACACCACGCUUCUAGAAGCCGACGCUGUACUGUUGGGUCUUCACAGUCCCUUGGAAGGAGAAAGGCCAAGACAAUGAAUACUUCACCAAUAAGAAGAAGACUUCUUAAAGAAAGUUGUUGUUAAAAAAGUUUUGUUACUUCAUGUUGAAAGAGACAUUUCCAAUCAAGCACAAAGAUUUGUUGAGUUGUAAUAAAAUGCACAGCUAUAGAA